CGCGUCACGCAGCGCUCCUGCUGCCGAGAGAGGAGGCAGGCCGGUGUUUUUCCACUGCCGCGGAUGUCUCAUGUCCCCCCUGUUCACAGAGACAAAGGUCAGAAAGAGAGGUUUAUAAACAGGGCUGAGAUAUAAGCUACCGACGCGUCCAGCCAGCAGUCGCUCUCUCGGACACAGGAGGACACGGACAAGACCGAAACCAAAGCAGGGAGAGCUCUGAGGACAUUAAGAGGACAAAAUAACCUACAACAUUACAUCCACACAGCAGAAUGGCUCAAAAAGAGAAACUUCAGUGCCUGAAGGAUUUCCACAAGGACACUCUGAAGCCGUCUCCAGGUAAAAGCCCCGGAACUCGGCCCGAAGACGAGGCCGAGGGCAAACAUCCACAGCGGGAGAAGUGGGCCAGCAAGUUGGACUUUGUUCUGUCCGUUGCUGGCGGCUUUGUUGGUUUAGGGAACGUCUGGCGUUUCCCGUACCUCUGCUAUAAGAAUGGUGGAGGUGCAUUUCUCAUCCCCUACUUCAUUUUCCUGUUUGGCGGAGGUCUGCCGGUCUUCUUCCUGGAGGUUUCCCUGGGUCAGUUCACCUCUGAGGGGGGCAUCACCUGCUGGGAGAAGCUCUGCCCCAUCUUUACUGGUAUUGGUUACGCCUCCAUUGUGAUCGUGUCCCUGCUGAAUAUCUACUACAUUGUCAUCCUGGCUUGGGGCCUCUACUACCUGUUCCAGUGUUUUCAACCGGAGCUGCCCUGGGCCAAGUGCAAUCAGCCCUGGAACACCGAUCGCUGCAUCGAGGACACCCACCGCAAGAACAAAUCCCUCUGGCUGGCUGCCAACGCCACCAACUUCACCUCCCCCGUCACCGAGUUCUGGGAACAUAACGUGCUUGGCAUCUCCAAUGGUAUCGAGGAUAUCGGUCCCAUCAAGUGGGACCUGGCUCUGUGUUUGCUGCUCGUCUGGGUCAUCUGCUUCUUCUGCAUCUGGAAGGGAGUCAAGUCCACUGGCAAGGUGGUCUACAUCACAGCCACGUUCCCAUUCGUCAUGCUCAUUGUGCUGUUGAUUCGUGGCGUGACACUGCCGGGUGCUUCUGCAGGAAUCAAGUUCUACCUGUACCCCGACCUCGCUCGUCUGCAGGACCCAGAGGUGUGGAUUGACGCCGGCACGCAGAUCUUCUUCUCCUAUGCCAUCUGUUUGGGCGCCAUGACUUCCUUGGGGAGCUACAACAAGUACAAAUACAAUUGCUACAGGGACUGUUUGCUGCUGGGAGCCCUCAACAGUGGUACCAGUUUUGUGUCUGGCUUCGCAAUAUUUUCCGUCCUGGGCUUCAUGGCACAAGAGCAAGGGGUGGACAUUGCUGAUGUGGCAGAGUCAGGUCCAGGCCUGGCGUUCAUCGCCUACCCCAAGGCUGUAUCCAUGAUGCCUUUCCCUACAGUCUGGGCAAUUCUCUUCUUCAUUAUGCUGCUGCUGCUUGGCCUCGACAGUCAGUUUGUGGAGGUGGAAGGGCAGAUCACAUCACUGGUGGAUCUGUAUCCGUCCUUCCUAAGGAAGGGUUACCGCAGAGAGAUCUUCAUCGCUAUCAUCUGCUGCAUCAGCUACCUGCUUGGACUCACCAUGGUUACCAAGGGUGGCAUGUAUGUUUUCCAGCUGUUUGAUUUCUAUGCAGCUAGCGGUGUGUGCCUUCUGUGGGUGGCAUUCUUUGAAUGUAUAGCUGUAGCCUGGGUUUAUGGCGUUGAUAAUUACUACGAUGCACUUGAGGACAUGCUUGGCUACAGACCAAAUGCUUGGAUGAAAUGGAGCUGGACUAUUAUCACUCCUUUACUGUGCAUGAGCUGCUUUAUCUUCUCCUUGGUCAAAUACAAGCCAUUGACGUACAACAAGGUCUACGAGUAUCCGGACUGGGCCAUCGGAAUAGGUUGGACUCUGGCCUUGACCUCCAUGAUCUGCAUCCCCAUGGUGGUUGUCAUCAAGAUCCUCCGAUCCGACGGGCCGCUCAUUGAGCGCAUUAAGGCGGUUGCCGCUCCGGUUCGCGGCGGGGCCAGCUCCCGUCCCGCCGACCACCGCGGCCUCAAGGAGCUGUCCUACCCUCUGGACCCCAACGGGAACAAGGGCCUUCUCAUGAAGGCCCCCACCCACACCAUCGUAGAAACCAUGAUGUAAAGGAAUGAGGCGGAGGCUCUCCAUGAGAUCGCUCUCCUCUCCUCUCCACUCCUCUCCUCUAAAAUGCUUCUAAAGCUAGCUAGUUUUUCUUUGUCUAUCUGUCUAUCUGUCUGUCUGGUGGACUGAUAAGGGUUUUAAGGAAGAAAAAAAAAAAAGGUUGCCGUUUCAAAUCUUAUCCGACGACUUUGGAAGUAGUUUGAUCUCAGUGGGUUUUCUAAAGAGGGUAGCAAUCACAUUUCAAAUCUAUUUCUGAAUUACUCACAAUUGCUGGUGCUGGACUUUUCCUAUUUGUAAUGUCCAUGUGACAACACGUCCCACUAUUGUCUACUCUAAAGGCAGAGUGCAAAUUAGAUCCAGCCCCCGGUCAUACGCUGGUACGUUUAUGUUUGCUACGUCAGCUACUUUCUGCAGAAUACCAGCCAUUGUUUUAAAAAAAAAAAAAAAAAAAAAAAAAGAAGAAGAAGAAGAAAGUGGUUAUUGAGUCUUGGAAUCAAACAGCCUUUUGUAGCCACAAAAUGAAAAAAAUAAGAAAUUCCCAGUUGAUCACAGAUUACCAAAAUAAGUUCUUUGGGACUGUUCUUAUAAAUAUAACAGCUCUUUGCCUGUGAUAUGAUGUCACAUUCGGAGGGCAUGUGCCGUAGGGUGAUUCUGUUCCACUGUGUUCAGAAAAGGCCCAGUUAGGAAGAGAUGGAAGAACGCGGCACUGCAGGUAGAGCAUCAUUAAUUAAAAAAACAUGUUUCUUAUCCGUAUUAGAAACAUUUUGGUGAUAUUCCAGCUGCACACGGCAACAUUUUCUUGAGAAAUAUGACCAAACCAAUCAAUCUAAAUAUCUGUAUUCUCAUUUCUAAUAGACAAAAUUGCCUGGUGCAGCUUAAAAAAAAAAUUAUCAAAUAAAUCUAUUAUCACAGCAAUGAUAGCCGAUGACCCUUAUCAAGCCAGGAUCCUGGUUUAUUUUUUUAAAAUGCACCUUAGCACAAAUAUCCCCAUCUUCCAUAGACUGACACUAUGGCUCAAUGAGAAAAACUAGCACUGAGGCUGCAUUGGGGAAACCUGCUCCUGCACAAAGAGAGAGGUAUCUGAAAGGAUUUGAAGUGUGGAGGUUGAACCCUUGAGUGUGUUGUAUGUGGCGUACUGUACAGUAGUAGCUAAUCAGUCUAUCUAUAUCUAUCUCUAUCUAUCUUUCUCUGUCCUAGACCAGUUUACAGUACGUUAGUGACUGCACUAGGCACUCUUGGCUUACAAUUUUUGGAUUGGAUUUCUUUUCUUUUCUACAGAGGAAGUUACAUUAUUAUUAGUUUUUCCUCUGUCAAUGUUUAGAUUUGUUUUUUGUUUUUUUAUUAAGACUAUAAUAUUAUUGUUAUUCACUAUUGAUGAUAAUUGCUGUAGUUUUACAUAGAAGAAGGAACACUUAUAUAAAUAUCGGGUGAAAAUACUAAGCUAUUAUACAAAUCAUACAUUUACAGCGGCAGCCAUUGUAGUGAUAAUCCUCGUUUGUUUUCCGCAGCAUUGGCCCUGCCAGCAAUUCCGUCUUUUAGCGACUAGCAAACAAACAAUGCAACCGUUUCAUCCCCCCGAAUAUUUUCUCCUGUGGGUCAAACAUUCAGCGAGCAGUUCAAUGUACAGUUAAAAAAAUGGGGAUUCUACAAUGGCUCCAUCUGUAAGUUGGUAGGCGUUAGGGGGGGGUUUAUAGCUUUUUCCUCUUCUGUAAAUACCAGGGGACAGUAUUUCAUUUGGUCAAAUUCUGCCAAAAAGGGCACCGUAGGAAAUGGUUAAACAGCAUGUCACCAACGUAAUGACCCAAAGCAACGAUUGGUUGGGUGACACCCCCAACAAAUCAGACUGUCGACUCCUCUGAGCGCCAAACUUUCCUUUCCAGACUCAGCUGGCUGCAGACCAAUCAGAGCCAGCGAAUGACAUGAGUUUGGUCACGUUUUUUUUUAAUUUCCCCCCCCGCAGUCACCAUGUUGCUUGACUUCACUUGUGAAUGAGAGCUGAAGAGCUUCAUUUCAAAGAAGGAACCUCAACCGUUCUGAAAAAUCAGUUUAACGGUAGUUGACAGUUGUACAGAUUGCAACAUAAAUCUUGGAAGUUAGCGGGUAUUUGGGUGUCUAUCGUCAUUUGGGAUUAUCGGAAAAGAGUUUCGUGGCAUAGCAACGGUAAAUAAAACCACGUAAAAUCUAAAUCAUUCAUAAUCUCGAACUGUUGCGUUAUAUCAGACUCUGCCUGAAAUUCAAAUGAAGCCUAACCAAAAAUGAGAAGAAUUGUAAACUUAACUUCUGAUUGAAUAUAUUAGUAAAUUAAAACUUUGAAAUUCGGCACUAUAUAAGAUGUUUUAAAGACAUGACACUGGCUGAAUGAUUAUCAGAGAAGUACGACAUUUACCAGCGUUAGCUCGUCUGUUUAAGGGGUCUCCAUGUGUAUGUGUCUCCAGCGACCGUCCACUCAGGACUUUCUGUUUAGCUGAUAUAACCCAGCUUCCAAAAAAUUUCAAUUGUAAUUUUGUGUUGACAAAGAGACAUUUAACGGUAGCAAUCAAAAUGGAUGUAACUGUCCAUCUUGAAAAGGCCAUUGGGUCAGUUCUUUGCCGCAUAGAAUGGAAUAUACAUCACACCUCUACUGCCUAAUGUAAUCCACAAACGAAGGCAAAAAAAACAAAAAAAACAGAAAGAGUGAGUCAAAGUGAGAUAUUAUCGCACCUUAUUUGUAUAAUUUGGACUUCAUAUGAACUGAUGGGGCCAAAAGAAAAACACUGCCAUCUUUUUAAUUCAGGGUCCUCAUUGGUCUCUAUAGUAAAGGAAAAGAAAUAUCUAAAUACUGUCAAAACCCUUCUGUUUUCUGAAAAGCACAAAAGCAGACAAAUUUAAAAUAGAUCAAAAAUGUUAAUAAACUAUUCAUUCACGUAGAAAACAUACAGUUACACAGUACACAUGCAAUGCAGGAAUUUGACCGACAACAUCACAUCAGAAGUGAUCGUGAAAUCAGGGCAUCAUUUUGUGUGUCAUCUAAGCUUUGAUCAUUUUCUUUUUCAAUUUUUUCUUUUUUUGACGGUUUUAUUUAAUUUCCUCAACUAGAAUAAAGUAGUUCAUAUCAUUAAAAGGGAUUUGUGAAACCAAAUCCACAGCAGACAUCUAUUUUCAUACAGUAACAAACUUUUCCUAUAUAAGUCGUCUUUGUACAGCUAAGCUCCCAUUGCAGACCUCCCAUUUUAAUACCGAUACAAAGCUUCGUUUUAAUGUUAAACUUUUGUACAGAUCUGGUCCCUCCCCAGAAGGAUCUCUGCACUAAGGUGAAAAAACGAAAUGGAAGUAAUGCUUAAAGGAAAGAUCUGCCAGCAACUUCCAUUAAGAACAGCAGCAUCAGAUGCGUUACCCUGCAUAUACAAAAACAUAUUUAUGGCGAUUGGAAAGCUAAAUAUUGUUACACGGAUUGGUCAUUUUUAAGAUGCACAAAAUGGAGAUUUUUAUUAUGUGGGGACCUCAAGAAAUGUUGGAAAUGAAAUAUCUGUUUGCAAAAAUAAUUAAAAAUAGAUUUAAAGCAGGUAAAUAUGACUGAACUUGCUCUAUAACUGAAAGAAAGCGUUCCCUAGUGCUAAGGUCCUUCUUUUGUUGGGGAAACAUGGACCAGAAAUAAUAACUAAUGCAGUCAUUUAUUGGUUUAUUCUGCCUCUCUGUGUAUAUUCCCAGUAUGUACCAGUUCCUCUGCCUUCUUACACUCCCCCUUGAGUUAGCCUCCGUAAACCUUCCUUUAACCUAAGCUAACAGAUUUUUCUCAGAGAAAACAAAUUUGCAAGAGAAUCGAAGCAUUAGCGAUGCACAAAGUUUUUACCGCCGAAUGUUGAAAUGUGAAAGUCACCUGCGGGCGAUUGUAAAAGUUUCUGAAGAUUUUAUUUUUUAGGGUAAAAAACAAAGAAUUAGUUUCAUUCUUUUUUUUUUUUUCUUUUUUUUAUUGAUCUUGUUUUAUUGAAUUCAGACGUUUUCUUGUUUUAUUUUAUUUUUGAUUGUGUGUCUGUCACAUUUGCCUUUUGUAUUCCAAAUAUAGUGUAUUUGAACCUCUUUCAUCGGAGUAACAUGUACAACUAUCAAGCAAAAAAAAACAAGCAAAAAAAAACGACAAAAAAAAGCUAAGAUUUGUUACGUGCAAUACUUUGUAGAAUACUUUUAUUUUUUCUCGCUGUUUUUCCAAGAGGUGGUAGCAACCUUUGAAAAAAAACGACAGCCUGUGAAUUCUUGCUGAAGAAAAUUUGAACCUUCAGGGUCCAGUUAAAUUAAAACCGGCCACAAAAUGCUUCGCAGUGCGGGACUAAACCAAACCAAACCACUUCUCCAUCAAACAUCUUGUGGUUUCCAAAUGCACUGAGAAUGAUACAAAUAAUUUUGUGAAAUCAAACCGAUUUUCUUAGCGAAACUUAUUUUUUUGUGACAGACUGCUAAAUUGUGAGUUUGUGAGGGGUAUGAAACACAGUAACACUGCCAUUAAGCCCACCAUCUUUCUACCUGCGAUUUAUAUCUCAGUACUGCUGUGCUGCUAAAAAAAAAAAAAAAAAUCAGGCAGCUUUCCAAAAGCACGCCACGGACCAAAGUUCACCAUUACCAAUCAACAACACAUCGGCGAGACCUGAAGUCCAACCAGUCACCUUACAAUGGUCUAAAGUCUCAUUUGCUUGUGAUGGAACAAAUACCUUGGAGUCAUUUCGGCUGCUUUUGGGAAGCCUGCCCCUCAGCAACAAAUGCAGUAAAUCCAAUAAAAAAAAACCCAGAUUGAACCAUAUCAAAUGUGGGCUUUUCUUUUAAAACCUUGUAUGCAAUUUCUACAUCCUGCUUAUUCAGACAUUUCUAAAUCCAACUCCACCUCGCCAAAACCCCGCAGCCUUAGAGCUUUAUCAAAGAACCUGAAGAACCAAACCACAUCCACAGGAACAUAUGACCAGAAUUUAAAAAAUCCCACGUUGCCUACAUCGUCUUCAUUACUGGUAUGAAAACACCACCAUAUCUGCAGGUUUCAGAAUCUAACUGUCUGUUUCUGUGAUUAAGAUGCAACAUUUGGAAUACAUAUGUGACCUUCGGGCUAUGUAGAGGUGACACAAAAUCUGUUUUGUCGCUGAAGUCACUGUGACCGUGCGGCUGUGAAGGACGACACACGGGGCUCCAUUUUCUACCUCAGCGCUUCGGUUCCAUGUUUUCUGGCUACUCAGAGACACAAAUAUCAUGUAAAUUACAUUUUUGGCGUUUUUAGCUUUUACUCAAGUUUUGUCUUCUGGCCGUACAAUUAUCAUUCCUCCUUUUUACUCAAACAAUGAUCUCAGCGCUAAGUCCUCUGGGAAAUGGAGUCCCCGUCAUCCUCCCCAUCCUCUCUGUCGCCAGACUCACUCUGUAUAUUGUUUCCAGUGACAAUGCCUCUGUCUUUCCUGCAUUAUAAUACUGUAUGCCAGCCCUUCCUUUUUAAGGAAUGUACAUGAGAAAAUGUUUUUUAAUUCUUUCUGAAGGAAAAAAAACAUUUUAAAAAGAAUUUGAAAGGUUUUAUUUUUUAUUUCUAUGGCCAACCUGUAAGCUAGGUUAAAAAAAAAAAAUGAAAAAAAAAUAUGUGUUUGAACAGGUUUUACAAAGAUGUAAAACUUUUUUUAUUUCUUAAUAAAAAAUUUGUCUUCUGA